UACGACGCCCCGCGGCAUGACUUCUUCCAUAUUCCUCACCAUGGCAGGAUGGACCAGUGACAAGUUUCGUCUCUCCUGUAUCGACAACAAUGGACUGAAGCGCACCCUGCUCAAGAUGCUGAUACUGGACAAUGGCACGAAAAACACGAAUAUCGAAGCGGAACGCGGCGAGUAUCGGGUCGAGCAGGGUGUGCCCAACGGUGGCAGUGCCAACAACAAAUCGCUGCUCAGUUUUCUCGCAAUCAACGCCCUCGAGCUCAGUGCACCUGCCAGUCCGGUCCUGUUGGAAUGCAACGCACCAACCGUCCCGACGGGAUGGUUGCAGCUAUCCGGUCAUCCCAAAAGCAUAGCACCGAUGGCUAACGGAAUCGUGCGCAAGCGUGUCUCCGGACCGAACGACACCGAGCUGGUGGCCUACCGCCAACUAAUGGUCGAUCCGCACGCCGUCAAGGUGGUGCCUAAAUUUCUCGGCGUCCACCAGACCGCCACCGACCAUUUUAUCGAGCUGCACAACCUGCUGAAUGGGUUCGUCGAGCCGAACGUGAUGGACAUCAAGAUGGGCUUCCGGACGUUCACCGAAAGUGAAGUGAGCAAUACGGCGCUACGGGAGGAUCUGUACAAGAAGAUGGUAUCCGUCGACCCCGGCGCACCGACCGCCGAGGAGCACCGACAGCGGGCCAUCACGAAGCUGCGCUAUAUGCAGUUCCGCGAGAACAUGUCGUCCACGGAGGAAAAAGGCUUCCGCAUCGAGGCGCUCAAGAUGCGCGGCAGUCAGCCGGUGACCGACCUGAAGACGGUCAAAAGCAACAACCAGAUUCAGGCCACCAUCGGACACUUUGUCGGUGGGCGGCGCAGCGUAGCGAAGGACAUCACCAAACGGUUGCGGCAGAUGCGGACGAUGAUCGAAAAGUCGGAGUUCUUUCACCGGCACCAGGUGCUGGGCAGCAGCGUAUUCAUCGUGUACGAUGACCAGCAGGUCGGAGUGUGGUUAAUCGACUUCGCCAAGGCGCUACCGCUGCCCAAGGGCGCGAAGGUAAACCAUCGGACGCGCUGGCAGAUGGGCAACUGCGAGGAAGGCCUGCUGCACGGGUUCGACGAGCUGAUCCGCACGAUGGAAUCCGUCCAGCAGAACGUCCACGCGCUGCGCCACCAGUCACGCGCGACGGAUGUCUAGGGAGGUGGAAACGGACAAAACCCUCAACGAAGGCUGGUUCCUUCACCCAACGUCAGACGUGAAACUAGUCAAUAUUUUGUGUUGUAAGCAUAGGCAGAAGAAACACAGAAGAGUCCUCACCCGGCUGCGGGGGUGCGAAGGCUGUACGCUAUAGGUAGGCCAAUCCACUGAUAAGUGCGCGGAAAGACUGAGAAAAAAUUCACUGAAAAGAAAACGAUAAUACUAGAUGGGGUUAGGUCGAGUUGAAUGAGGAGACCACAGGGAAAAAGAGCAAGAGAAAGUAUCGCGUUUUGUUGAAGCCAAUAGUUCAGUCCUUUUUCCAUAUUGGAAAAAAGGUGUACGGUAAAAUAGGGACAGCGAAAAGGGAAAACAGAACAGAAGGGUGAAAACUAUGUGCGAACUGUGCGGGGAACCAGUAGACGGUCGGACCGUAUCCUUUUAUUGUUGUUUUCUAUUGUCUCCGGACGUCUCCGUAGCCCGUGAUUCUGCUUGGAACCACUUAAACCGAAACUCACUGUAGUGCGCGGGGCUCAGCACGUUCAACGGUGAAUCGAUUAGGUGAAUGAUAGUUUUAAUAAUGAAAGUGAUGAAACGGAAACGUGUCGAAUAUCAAGUGUAUCGAAAUCUAAUACAAUUUGUGUUUAUUAUUUAAAGAAAAAAUGAAAAUCUAAUUGUUAAUAAAAGGAAAAUUAUUAUUGUGUA